AUGGCCGCGCUCAUCAUCGAUCGUCUCAACGACGAUAUUCUCCUCCUCAUCCUCUCCUAUCUCGAAAAGCGAGACCUCUGCGCCUUGUCGCUCACCUGCAAACACUGCCAUAUGAUUUCCUCUCCAAGACUCUGGGCAGUCCUUUCGAUAGACCGGGCCUUCUUCGUCUCCUGGUGGCAUGAGAAUCUCGUCACCAACGCCCAUUAUGUCCGUGAGAUGGCGAUCUGUGUCGACCUCGACAGUGCACCGACGCUCCCUGAUGUCUUGUUUGCAACCAAGAACAUCGUUUCCCUCGAGUUAUUCCGUUCGGCUCUCCUCCAUGACAACCCACGUCUUUCUAUGGCUCUCGCAGGCCUGCGCGAGCUCCGGAAACUCUCUUGCGAUUCGGUCGAGGACAACAUGCUGCCGACGAUCCAAAACAUCCCCUCUCCCAAUCUCACGAGCCUCUGUCUAGGCUAUAAAGGGAGAACACACGCUUGCGACGACCUCCCCUCCCUCAUCUCCGUAAUCAGAUCCUUCCCUCGUCUGUAUGCUCUGAUUCUAGAGCGCUUUAAUCCAGCCACCAUCGACAUCGCCAACUACCCGCUAUUCACCUCAAUCCAGGAUCUCACCUUCAAUGUCACCGGGCUCGCAGCGACAGAUCUCAUUUAUCUCUGUCCCAACGUCACCUCCCUGAGACUUAGUCUCUAUCAUCCGCACAAAACGGGCGCUCUCGAAUCCCGACCGAGAUGGCGCGGGCCCUCGCCGAUCCCUCGACUCACCCUCACGAUUCUGCACAUGCAUGCCAGAAACCUCAUAGUCUCGUUGCUGGAACAGCAAGCCUUGCGCGCAACACACGUUCGAUUCCCCAUGGUCUGGAAUUUCACCCAGGACGGUAUCUCGACCACACAUUCCCGAUUCACGCGCAUCUUCGACGUGCUGAAGCCGUACUCCCUCUACCUGGAGAUAUCAGCAACAUGGCAUGGCAAGCUGUUUGAUCACACGGGAACUCUCUGGCAAGAGGUCGCCGCAGCCGCCCCGCACCUGCGCGCGCUCUUAUGGGCGCCCCCGGACGCGCUCGUGGCGGAGCUCGCCCAGCUCCCGCUCGUCUGUGUUCAUCUCAAGGCGGACCCCGAAUUGUUGGAACGGAAGGGGGACGCGGAUCUCCUACGCCUCCGCGCGCUCGCCGCGUUCCCCAGGGAGCUCGCUGAAGCCGUUCCCACACUGCGUGUCGUAGGCGUAUCGGAUGGGUGGGGCCGGUUGGAGGGCGUGCGAUCGACGCGGUGGUGGCGCAUCGAGCGCGGCGAAGGCGACGGCGCGGCGCGGUCGCUGGUCGAGCUCUGGCGCGAGGACGGGGAGCGGGCGCUGCGGCUUGUGCAGAACGAGGCGUUUUGUGCGUCCGAUCUUGACGGCAUCUAUUCGGAGAAGUGCCGAUACGUGGGGGAGUAA